CCGCAGCAGGAGGAGGGAGAAGGCGGUCGUCCUUUCCUAGGGAGGGCGGCCCCGGCGGGGAAUUAAGGGGAAGGCGUCCUCGCCGUGGAGCCGAGACCCUUCCCGUCCCCAGGCGCAGAACGCACCUCACAGAGUCGCCCCGCGAGGGGGGGGGGAGAGAUUUGGGAGCGGGCCGAGGCCGUGGACGGUGUGAGGGGAGGAGCGGCCCCCCUCCCAGCUGGGAAGGACCGGCCGUGCUGGGGGCAGCCACCCCCACAUCUCCCCUUGCCCCCCUCCCCGGGGCCUCGCCCUUUUCCUCCUUGAUGGCUUCCCGAUGACCCCUUUUUUAAUUUCCAUUUUUUAACCCCCCAUCUCCUCCCCCCGGUUCUCUUCCCCAUGCCCCUUUGCCCCACCUGGAAAUAUGAUCAGCGCCCCUGACGUGGUGGCUUUUACCAAAGAGGAAGAGUACGAGGACGAGCCCCGCCAUGAGCCGUCGCUGCCCGAGGAGUAUUCGGUGCCGCUCUUUCCCUUCGCCAGCCAGGGGGCCAACCCGUGGUCCAGACUGUCGGGGGCCAAGUUUGCCAGGGACUUCAUCCUCAUCUCCGAGUUCUCGGAGCAGGUGGGUCCCCAGCCCCUGCUGACCGUCCCCAAUGACGCCAAGGUCUCCGGCACCUUCGACCUCAAUUACUUCGCGCUGCGGAUCAUGUCCGUGGACUACCAGGCCUCUUUCGUGGGGCACCCGCCGGGGAGCGCCUACCCCAAGCUGAACUUCGUGGAGGACUCCAAAGUCGUGCUGGGGGACUCCAAGGAAGGGGCCUUCGCGUACGUGCACCACCUCACCCUUUACGAUCUAGAGGCCCGGGGCUUCGUGAGGCCCUUCUGCAUGGCCUACAUUUCCACCGACGAGCACAAGAUCAUGCGGCAGUUCCAGGAGCUCUCGGCGGAGUUCUCCGAAGCGUCCGAGCGCUUGAAGAAGGGGAACCGGAAGGCCUUCGCCGGUGAACUCGAGAAGAAAUUGAAGGACCUGGACUACACCAGGACCGUGCUGCACACCGAGACGGAGAUCCAGAAGAAAGCCAACGACAAGGGGUUCUACUCCUCUCAGGCCAUCGAGAAGGCCAACGAGCUGGCCAGCGUGGAAAAGUCCAUCAUCGAGCAUCAGGAUCUGCUAAAGCAAAUCAGGUCUUACCCCUCCCGCAAGCCGAAGGAGUCCGAUCGCCGCCCUUUCGGGCCAGAGGGUCCCCGGGAGCCGGUCGCCCCGAACUUUGACGGGGCACCCGCUACCUCCAACCCCGACGAGCUCGCGGAAACCAACCUCUAUGCCCGCAGGGCCUCCUAUACCCCCAAGCUCAUCAAGGCCAAGUCCGCCAAAUGUUUCGACAAAAAGCUGAAGACCCUAGAAGAGCUCUGCGAUACCGAGUUUUUCACCCAGACUCUGGCUCAGCUGAGUCACAUCGAACACAUGUUCAGAGGGGACCUGUGCUACCUUCUGACGAGUCAGAUUGACCGAGCGCUUUUAAAGCAGCAGUGCAUCACGAACUUCCUCUUCGAAGACCUGGUGGAUUUCGACGAGACGGUGGCGAAGAAGCAGGAUGAUGUUCGGCUGGAGCCCGAUCCAGAGGGGUGCCAGUCCCGGUCUUUGGAAGAAUAUCCGGUCCCUAAAGUCUUCAUCAGCAUGGGGUCUUACAAGUCCAGCGUGGAGUCCGUACCUAUCAAAAUGGAGGCGGAGCUCGAACAGGACCCCGGAGGCGAUGAGGCGACCGAAUCUAGCGUGUACGGCCACCGGGAGAACCUGGAUUACCUGGACAUGGAUAUGAAAGGCAGCGUCAGUAGCGGCGAAAGCAUCGAGGUCCUGGGGACGGAAAAGUCCUCUUCCGCCCUGCCCAAGUCCGACAGCCAGACGAGCUUGACGGCCCCCUUGAGCCCGCAGGUGGUCCGGAGCAGGGCGGUCAGCCGACGGACCAUCAGCGAAGACAGCAUCGAGGUCCUCAGCACGUGUCCCUCCGAGUCGUUGAUCCCCGGCGACUUCAAAGCGAGCUACCCGAGUGCCAUCAACGAAGAAGAGCCCUGCGCGGAGGAACCGCGUGCAGAGGACGAAGAGGGAGGGAUUCGCUUCAGUGCCGGCGGGAGCCUCCGAGACGUCAGCGAGGCCGAGGGCGGCGGGGAAAGCCCCUUGACCCAGUCGGACUCGACCUGCUGCAUCGGGAAAGAGAGUCCCGGUCUCCUGGCGCCCCAUCCCGCCCUCACCCAGCAACCCUGUGACGACGACGGGGUGGUCAGUAUCCCCCCACGGCCCUAUAGGCAGAGGGAACCGGGCUUCCACGUGGACUUCACAGUCGAGGACCUCGGCUGUCCGUCCCGGGAUGAGGCCCCCGGAGGCUCCCUGCCUCAUGAGGUGGAGCCGGGCCGCCCGGACGGCGGCCGAGACAUCAGCAGGAUGAGCCUGGACGAAUACUCCGACUCCACCAGCCACGUGAGCAGUAGCGCGGCCUCCACCGGUUCCGACCGGACCCCCUCUCCGGCUUGUCAAGCCGGCCACUCCGAGCGGCACAGAAAGAGGGCGGGGCAGAACGCGUUGAAGUUUAUCCGGCAGUACCCCUUCGCCCCUCCGGCAAUCUACUCUCUGCUCAGUGGGAGGACCCUGGUCGUGCUGGGGGAAGAAGAAGCGAUAGUGAGGAAGCUGGUGACGGCUCUGACCAUCUUUGUUCCGAACUAUGGCAGGUCCACCAAGCCCGUGAAACACUGGCUCACCACCCCUUUGCACAUAACGGAUUUUCAGAAGUGGAAGCUAAUUGGCUUACAGAGGGUGACCUCCCCGGCCGGUGUCAACACCCUGCACGCUCUGAACCGGUACAGCCGCUACACCAGCGUCCUGGAUCUGGACAACAAGACCCUGUGCUGCCCCCUCUACCGCGGAACCCUGGUCCCUCGGCUUGCCGACCACCGCACGCAGAUCAAGCGGGGGAGCACCUACUACAUGCACGUCCAGAGCCUCCUGACCCAGCUGUGUUCCAAGGCCUUCCUCUUCACCUUCUGUCACCACCUGCACCUGCCCGUCAACGAGAAGGAGACCGAGGAGGCCGUCCUGGGCCGGCAGAUGAACUUCCUCAAGCUGCAGCUGGGCCUGGUGAACGAGGACGUCAAGGUGGUGCAGUACCUGGCCGAGCUGCUCAAACUGCAGUACGUCCAAGGGCCCUCCAGGGACCGGAACCCGGUGCUCAGGUUUGACUACGUUCCCAGCUCUCUGUACAAAAUCUAAGCCCCGCUGGGCACUCAGGACUGGGAGGACCGACAGGGAAGGGAGACACGUUGGCACGAGCUGGACUCACCGCUUUCCCUCCUCGAGGCGUGUUGGAAACGAAACUGGACGUUUGGGUGGGGGGCAGCGUCUCUGUGUUGUCCGUCGGAGAAGGAGGCGGAGGAUUCCUGGGUGGUGUCUGGCAAAUGGAAAAUUGAGUCGCGGCUUGGGGGUGGGGCGGGGGGAUUGGGAGUUUUCACAGCGAGGCGACGUGGGAAGGGGCUAAGAGGGCUCUCAGCCUGCUGGUAGCUAUCUGGGGAUGAAGGUUCUUUGGCCGAGGAGUAACUUUAUGAUUUCUGGCAAGGGAUCAGUCCAGACAGGGAGAGAGCGGGUGUUCGCAUUACGCUCUGCCUGGAGGAUCUGAGCAGCUACAGACUCUUCAGCGUCGAGUAACUCAGAGCACAGGAUCUCAAGGAGGAGGUGGUCCAGGCCUAGAAGGAAACGGUGGGGGGCGGCCUCUUAGCUGGGAUGAAGUUCGCAGCUAAACACAGCAGUAGCCAAAUGUGUGGUUUGCGGGGGUGGGAACGAGGGGCAAAAAUUAGUGCUGGAAAAAGUUUUGUUGUUUUAUUUUAAACUCCACCCUGGUAAUUAGAAGCAUCCCUAACGUUUAUGCAUCUGUAUGUAUCUAUGUAUACCUCUUCAGAACUCAAUUAGCAGGGUCCCUUGGAUAAGUCUGCCUCGUGGGGCUGGUUUUUCUGAAAGGAUUUUUAUGAAUCUCAGUCCCCGAAGUUGGUUGUCCCCCGAUCCACGAAAUUGAGAGAUCAAAGCGCAGAUGUCGUCACGGUGGAAGCCCUGACUGACUCUGCAGCCUGAGAGCCCCUGUCAGGAGCCUCUUUAAGAAGUGAUACCUGUACACUAGCCCAUGCCAACUCUCAUGCCUGCGGAGGGGCAUGGGUAGCCUGGGGGAGGCGGAGGGGACUGGACCUCGUCCAUCUGCAACCUCAUUCGUCAUUUCCCCAAGUCUGGGGAAAGAGAGUCACCGACCCAGGCUUUGAAAAUUACAUUUUAUGGUCUGCCAACAAAACGUAUAUGGGGAGAUAAGAGUUGAGAGGGAAUCAGAAGAACAACUGAGCGGAGAGAAACAUUGCCAGAAGGUACCCAAGGCAGGAAGUGCGACUGGGCCAAAAUUCAAAUCAGGUUGUUUUACCACACCUCAGGAGUUCUGCUGUCAAUGUUUCUGGCUCGUUUGGUUCCAUUGGCUUUUGCGAGGGAUGUUGGAUUUCGUUUACUUCUCCUUCAGGCCAUUAUGGAAAGUUAUAACUGGGCACAGGUGGAACCUUCAUUUCCAGGUUCUUUCUUCAGCAAACCUCCACGACCUCUCGGCUACCUCUCAAGGGGCAUCGUUUUCCAGCUUAGACAGGGUUCCGUUGAGCUGAGUCGCUCCGGGUGUUUCCGACCUUCUGAAAUUCCCUAGGCCGAUUGGCCGGCGAUAGCACGGGUUGGGCAAGCGGCCCUGUGACUGAGUCGCCGAAGUUGCUGUCUCUCAGACCCUCCCUCGGAGACACGCCGAUCCUUCUAGUCAGCGAGGAACGGCUUCUCCACCCAAAUGUACUUUCUCUUUCCAAAGGAUUCCCAGUAAAUCUCAGGGGAAGGGCCCAGUGCACAUUUCGCCCUUCACCUCUGUCCUCUCGGUAGAGAACUUUCUCCACCCUGCACCUGUCUGUCUUUCCCUCCCUCCUCCGGGUAUGGAUAGAGGGAAGAACGUUUUUUGCCGAAAGGACAGCUGCAGAACUUUGAAUGUGCAUUUUUAACAACAGUGCAUUGUAUCCAGCUAUAGGGGAAACCCGUAGUUUUAUUUUUUGUUUUUAUGUUGCCCCGGUAGAAAUUGAUCUAUCAAUCAAUGGUAUUUAUUGAGCCCUUACUAUAUGCAGAACACUGUACUAAGUGCUUGGGAGGGUACAAUACAACAGAAUUAGCAAAUACGUUCUGCAAUUAGAUUUAAACCUCCCCUCUUCUAGCCUGUGAGCCUGUUGUGGGCAGGGAUUGUCUCUCUCUGUUGCUGAAUUGCACUUUCCAAGGGCUUAGUACAGUGCUCUGCACACAGUAAGCACUCAGUAAAUAUGAUUGAAUUGAACUAAUUCUGAUUCUGGAAAUGAAGGUGACGGGUGUCAGUGCACAAAUGGGCAGUGACAGGAUUUGGGGCAGCGGCUUUGGUGUGGCGUGUCCCCUCCCGUACAAUUUGAGCCAACGUUUGCACUUCCAUUCAGCAUCCUGAACCAAGGGAAUUUCUUUAACCGCCUGGUCAAACCACGUUUCUAGGUUUAGCCCAUCUCUUCGCCAAGAAUGUUCUAAUGCUCUGUUUUAUUUCUCUCCAGUCUCUUAAAGAACAGAAGUGGCAAAGAGAGGUUGGCUUUCACGAUGCUUUUGUCUCCCAUAAGGGAAAGUCAGGCCGAGGGUUGUGUUUGAAAAAAGGGAAGAGGUCCCCAAGGCUCGCUUUGGGGAUUCCUGCCUUACUGUUGUCAGUAGUAGUGUUAGAGUUACAGUAUUUAUUAAGCGCUUCCUGUGCGUCAAGCACUCUGCGAAGCACUGGGGUAGAUACAAGGUAACGAGGUCGGACGCGUGGGCCUCCCAGCCUAGGGGAGGGGUGUCAUCGCGGUGUUUGUCGUUCCAAUCGUCAGGCUGAGGGUGGGGGGGGUCUCUGCAAUGGCUGGAGAAGCCCGUGUUCUUCAUCAGCUUUCUCUGCAUCCGUGUUUGGCUUCAGCACCUAAUUCACCGCAAAACGUGACCACGUGAAGAGUUUCCUUUACCAGUUUUAAAUGUGAAGAGUAUAGUUUUUUGGCAUGUGAACCAAACCCACUGGGAAAGCUUGUUUUUGCUUUGUUUUUAAAUGACAAGAUGUUAUAUCUUGUUGCGUGGCGGACAGCUUCCGCUAGCUCAUUUAAGGAAGUGGCCGUGUAACCUUUUACCUUAAAGGAAAAAAAGCCUAUAUCAAAGCCCACAUGAGAUUGUUUUUGUAACAAGAGGAUCAAAAAGGAUCAGUGCUAUUAUUCUUGGGGGGGGGGGGGGGGGGGGUAGUGGACAUUGUAAAGGAAGCCGGACAAUGGGAAAAUGAUCAAACAGCAGAUCAGCUUUUUGGUGGAGUUAGGUAACUUCAGAUCUACUUUAUCUAGUUAAGGUCUCCUAGAAUGAUCUUCAAAAAUCUUUAAGGGUGUUUACCUUUGGUCUUAAUGUGGCCUCAGGAAGGCAUUGAAAACGAGGCCCGUUAGACUCUCUAUUGCCUAGAGUAGAGCAGAACUCUUUCUUUAUGAAUCUGGGCCCUGAAGACUGGACAGUUAAUUGUGGGAGUUUGUCAUCUCUUCCUAAGAGAAGGCAAAGUAGAUGUGCAAAUUAGUGGUUAUCCUUCUGAAUUAAAAAUGGAAGUUGGGAAAUAACUUGGAGAAUGCUGGUUCUGGUAGGCGGAUGUUUCAUUUUUUGGUGAAUUCAUUUAUAACACGACCAGUGAUAGCUAAACUCUCAUAUCCCCACAAAUAAGGAAUUUCCAAUGGCGUUCACUUCAGUCUACAAACUACCUCCAAAUUGUCUGAUCUUUGUUCCCUUUCCAGAUUCCCAUUUUGGAGAACUGAAUCUAUUAGAAGACCUUUUCUUACAAUGUCGAUGAGGAGAAGAGUCCCCAGGGUUGAGAUCCUGUCUAUCAACCAGUCAGUCAGUGGUAUUUAUUGAGCACUUACUGUGUUCAGAGCACUGUACCGAGUGCUUGGGAAAGGACAAUACAACCCAGUUGGUAGACACGAUCCCUGCCCCCAAGGAGUUUAUAGUCUACAGGCCAAAGACAAGCAUUAAAAUAGAUUAUGGCUAAGGAGGAUAGUAGGGAAGAAUAUUGGAUUUUGAGCAAGGGAUAUCUAUUCAAAAUAGCUGAGAUUCUUCUCUAGUAAUUAGGCUAAUUGAAGUCUGCCAAAUCCCCCCCCCAAAGUAUCUAAGAAAUGAAACCAAAUCAAGCCAUUUCCCAGAAAUAAACUGAUAAUAGCACUUCACUCCUUUGGUUGUGAUUUGGGCUCCAUCUUCAUCAUCAGCUUCUCACUCAGGGAGUGAAGCACAGAGAAUAAAAUUUGCCUUUUAUUCUGAAGUUUGAGCUUUAUACUUGAAUGUUGGUAUUUAUUUUAUACCCUCUGUUUGAUCCUAUUUCGCUAGAGCUAUGAAAAUAUUAGUUGGUUAUAAAUGUCAUUCUUGCAAAUAUGCAGAUGUGCAAUGUUUAAGGACCUUAUUUGAAAAAUUAUCAAAAGCAAGUGGUCUUUUUAGCACAUACAGUGCCAUAUUUUCCUGACAGCUACUGCCUCAAACCUUCCAUAGCCCCUAGAAUUCCAUAGUACGCGGUACCCAGAAGACCUUCCUCAGACCUCAGUCUCGUCGUCGAGGUCAAAGCAAGACAGAUAUCAAAAGCCGAACUUAAAACAUUAAACUGUAGUCCACCCUAAGAUUCCUGGAUCUUAGAACAGCUUUCACGUGGCCCUAACCUAAUCUCAAAUCAGAACCAGUGAAAGAAGCUAAUUUCGGCCGCAUGUGAAUGCCGCGCAAAUCCCAUUUCAAAAUCCUAGAAAAUGUCGACGGCUCCUAUUCUGCCUGUCAGGACUACUGCUGUUCCGUAGAGCCUGCUUUGCCGGGAAGAGUGUUUUGCCUGCUGGACAUUAUGACACCGAGCAUGCCCACUGUCUGCUUCUUUGAAUGCCGAGCGCACGCACUUACCCCCUUCCCUCCCCCUAAAUAUUGCAUGUCCGAUCAUAGUUUCCAGCAUCACUCUCGGUUCCGUCAGUGUCGGUACGGUCGAAGGCACUUGUUCUCCCCAUCAGAGAAUUCACUGAAGCAGCCUUUCGGAAGGAUACUUUUAAAGAUGGCCGAACAAUUUCUCCAAGCUUCAUUUACUUACCCAAGAGCUAAGAAGAAGACCCCUUGGCCCCGUGCUGGAAAUCAAGCCAGACUUCCGGUCCGUCCCCAAGGUGAACGGCUCAACGGGAAAUGGAAGGAGUGAAUGUUAGGUCGAGCGUUUCCUUUAAAGACUGCUAAAUUGCGACUCGCCAAGAUUCUCCCCUGUGCAGUUGAAGAGCAGUCUGGAAAAGUGAAAAGCUCAGCAGUUGAUGUACCGUACUGCCAUCACAAGGCAUUUGGUAUAGCGCCUCUCUGUCCAUUGUUCUUGACCUGCCGAGCAAGUUAGUUCCCGGACGGUCUGCCCUCGCCCGUAUGACGGCCCUUUGGAAGCUUAUGACCCUCCGGUUCUUUCCUCCUCUUCUCCUGGAAGUUCUUGCUGGGAUGGGGAAGAGACAGGGAAAGAGCAAUUUGCACUUUGCAACAAAGUAAUGUCAAUUUCUGCACCUUAACCUGGAAUGAAGAGUUCGCUCUUAAAUGGGGCCGGGGGAUUCCAGGACCCUGCUGCUGAGAAACCUUUCUGAAGAAUCCAUGUACAUGUUUGGGAGUGGUUUCUUCCCAGAGAGACCAACUGCCAGAUAUUUGUGUGAAUGACAAAACCCCAAAUAGAAGCUGUGAUCUUUACAGUAACAGGUUAGUCAUCUCAAAACUCAUAAAGCCCCUACAGGAGCUGGUAAUCUGGGGGGAGUCAGAACCGGCAGGGGCUGAAGUUUGAGAGUGCAGGAAAAGUCACCUGGAAGGCAGAGCUACAGGGUACCUCACCCACUACCUAUUCAGAUGCCAGGGAGGUUGGCAUAUUCAUUGGGUUGGGAUAAAACUUGCCUUCAAGGGUGCAGGAUGAAUUCUCUCAUUAUUCUUCGAAAGAAAACCUAUUUUAAUAUUGCAUGUUCACUCGUUUGUAGGUGUGUGUGUCUGUACAGACCAUUUGCCUAAGCAGUAGCUUAACCAAGCGCCCCAUGGAAGUGGUACAGCUGGCAUGUGUGUGUAAUAUUUUAUAGGUGUUGCUGCACAAGAGUUUAACAAGAGUUAAUGCCAAAUGAAUGAUAUGAGAAAAAGUGUACUUUUUUUUAAAAAGAGAUUUAAUUUAUUUGAGUUCCGAUAUUUUUGAAAUAUAAAAAUUGGUGGUAUUUUUUAAAGCUAUAAUUCUUGUCAAACAUUCUGUGGUUCUUAAUUUUACCGUGCUUAUUAAAAAAGAAAGUCGUAACUAUGUUUGGCACUCGGCUGUUUGAAAAAUAAAAUGUAUUUGGGAAGGCCA